AUGGGUUCUAGUCACAGUAAAUCAUGUCCGGCCGAAGAUUUGUUACGUCGUCGAAAGAAUGAUGCCAUCUCCCAAAAGAUAAAGCGAGGUAUAGCGAGUGAUUUUUACUUUGCGUGUCGCAACGGUAGGAUUGAAUAUGUCCAAGAAAAGUUGAAAACAAUGACGGUUGAUGAGAUAAAUAAAGUCGAGCCUAACGGUUCAACAGCACUACACGCAGCCACAUUCUAUAAUCAUGUUAACAUUGUUAGUGAAUUAUUUAAAGUUCAAUGCUCACGAACAGUAUACAAUAAUCACGGUAACCUUCCGUAUGAUGAAAUACAAACAGAUGAAAUGAGACAAUUGUUCGAACGUUCAUCAAGGACACGUUUUCAUGAACAGAACCUCGAUAAAUCAUUUGAAAUGUUUACACCAGAACAAUCACAACAUCGUAAUUACAUUCAGAUGUUUAAACCGGAAAAAGAUGUUAUGGAAUAUAUCACAAAUCGUCAAACAAUGGUUAUGUGGUUGAAAUUUUUUGAUUGGUUUUCACAUAAAUUUAGUCGAUUUAUAGAUAGAACUGAGGCACUGAAUGAAGAUGGGACUGAAAGAGAAGGUGAUUAUAAAGCCAGUUUAUUUGAUCUAGAUGCCGAUCGAGAUUUGGAUGAAUUUUUAAAAGAAGUUGAUGCCGAAACCUAUGAUGAAAAUAAAAAUGCACUAAGAAGUGCUCAAACAAGUGAAAGUGUUGUUCCAUUAAUCAAUUUAUACACAAGAGAAGGAGAAUUUUAUAAAACGUCAAACGAACGAUUGGCGUUAACAAUAACGAGUGAUGACACUAAAAAUGAUUUGAAUGGUACAUCGGCAUUAUGCGAUCGAUUUGUUCGAGAAUUUGAUAUGAGACAAAAUGAACUGUCACAAAUAGCUUAUACAGGUGUAUCGUAUCGCGGUGUGACAAUGAAAGCGGAAGAUUUACAAUAA